AUGAUAACGUAAAUAAAAAUACAAGACACCUGCUGUCAGCGUCGUCGUCGUCACUGCUCGGAUCAGAUGAAUCAUAACGUCAAUCGAGAAAGUUUGUGGUGGAAUUUCCUUCCUGGUAGUUUUGUAAUUUCGCAAGUUUUAUUCAUUGUCUGUUAAUCAAAUAAAAACCAACAACAUGUCGGGCAUGCCAGAUCAGCAAUUCCUGUGGAACAUUUUCCAAAAGGUAGAUCGCGACCGAAGUGGAUACAUUUCGGCCGAUGAACUUCAACAGGCGCUAUCCAACGGAACGUGGAAUCCCUUCAAUCCGGAAACGGUCCGGCUAAUGAUCGGGAUGUUCGACCGACAGAACCGUGGCAGCGUUAGUUUUCAGGACUUUGGCGCCCUCUGGAAGUACGUGACGGAUUGGCAGAACUGUUUCCGCUCGUUCGACACGGACGGCUCGGGUAACAUCGACAAGAACGAACUGAAGCAAGCGCUAACGGCCUUCGGGUAUCGUCUUUCGGAUGGCAUAUACGACACGCUGAUCAGGAAGUUUGAUCGAUACGGAAAUGGCACGAUUCUGUUUGACGAUUUCAUUCAAUGCUGCGUAAUUUUGUACACGUUGACGUCAGCGUUCCGGCAGUAUGACACGGAUCAGGACGGAGUGAUAACGAUUCACUACGAGCAGUUCCUUAACAUGGUAUUCAGCUUGAAGAUUUGAAUGGGUGAAUUUUGAAAUUUCGUCUCGUACAGUCAAUGUGCCGUCGUUUAGUAAGUAAGACAAAGCGAACAAUUUUCAGGGCUUAGAUAGGCAUGGUGAAUUGAUUUUUUUACUUUCCCCAUCUCCGUCGUCAAUCGUUAUCUCAGCUUACUCUAGAUUGUGAUUCAUGUGGAUGUAAACGUCUGUAUUGUUCAUUGGAUCGGAAAAACAAUAUGUAUUGGCCUUUAAAAACAUGAAUAAAAAUAUCUAAAAUGAGUGUACUCGAAAGGAUAAAUAUCAAUAAUCAAUCACAUAUAACAUGGACAAACAGACGCGAAUCAUAAGGGCAUAAUUGUGAAAUAAACUUAUUACAACUUAUUGCCUAAAUCGCUGGAAAAAAACUAGAUUGGAACUGAACCCCUAACGCUUAACGCUGAACAUUCGUCAUUAAAAUUACCUUCACAGUUUUUUCGUGAAAAACUCACCUUUUUGCUGUGGAAAUAUAUUCCACAUAAGAAAUAUGUACGGUGAAUACAUUUUCAUGGUCAUUUUUUACUUAACGAAAAAAAACUGCUUUUAAAUAUUCGUAAAAUGAUAACGAAUACUUUAGCCAUAAACAAGUACACUGCUAAGCAAAGCAUUGUGUAUGGCUAUAAGGGUUCAUUAGCGUUUAACAAUCGUUCAAAUAUCGCGAAAGAAGCAACAUAACUACGACGAAAGCAGCAGGUUACAGUUACACUUUACACUUUCUGCCAUAUGAGCUCUCGUACAAGAAAGCUGGAGUGAAAAAAAAACUCUGAAUGUCAUGCCUAUUUUUACUAUGGUUGGAAACUAAUCACAUUAAAUUGUGGAAAAUACAAUCAAAAACGUACAGUUGCCAAACUACGACUUAGUCUAUUAAUGUUGAUGGAUCAAUAGUUUAUGUCUUCUUCUACAACAUGGAUGAAUGUUUAAAUAAAAUUCUUCUACUCUA